AUGGCGAUAAUAUUUUUGGCGCCACCAACAAAAUUUACGUGUCCGGCAAACGAAACUUGCUGCAAUGACCCUAUAUUUGAUAGAUCUCUCUUCCCUCGAACUAUUGUCAUGGAAUGGAACUUGAUAUGUGAAAAUUCGUGGCUAAAAGAUCUUACUCAGAUGCUCUUUCAGUUUGGGGUUUUAAGUGGAAGCCUUAUAUUUGGUAUAAUGUCGGACAAGUAUGGAAGACGACCAACACUCGUCUUUUCUGUGGUACUAGAGGUGUUCACUGGAGUCAUAUCAUCCUUUCUUCCAACGUACUGGAGUUUUACAAUCGUACGAAUGGUCCUCGGAAUGUCAGUGGGAGGAAUUAUGGUCGUCGGCUUUGUUCUCGUGAUGGAAUAUGUUGGAGGAGUCUACAGAGAUAUCAUAUCAGUACUUUUUCAUGUUCCCUUUACGCUUGGUCACAUACUGCUAGCCCUGUUUGGAUAUUUGAUAAGAGAUUACGUACAUUUUCAAUUGGGCAUAUCUUUGGCUAAUAUGGUGCUAUUGUUUUAUAUAUGCAUUUUACCUGAAUCACCAAGAUGGCUUUUAGCAGCUAAUAAAACUACAAAAGCUGUAAAAUUGAUGGAACGAGUUGCAAAAACCUACUGUUUCUACGGUGUUGUCCACUACAUAAGUCACUUGACUGGUAAUGUUUACAUAAACGUUGUAGCUGGCGGGAGCGUUUGUUUGUGUGCGUGCCUCAUUGCAAUUCCCCUAGUGAAAGUUAUGAAGCGAAAAACAUUAGUAAUUGUACCCAAUAUAUUAUCGAGCCUCUGCUUUUUGUUUAUAAGCCUCAUACCUGAAGGAACAGGAUCUGUAGUUAUGGGCUGCAUGGGGAUUCUAUGUAGCUUUUUAGUGUUUGUUGUACUGUAUUUAUACUGCUCAGAAAUGUUUCCGACGGUAGUUCGUAAUGCAGCGAUAGGGAUUGCUUCUAUGAUGGCUCGGCUAGGCGCUAUGAUUGCCCCAUUCGUAGCUGCUUUGCGGCCGCAUGGAAAGUGGUGCGCACCCGUUGCAUUUGGAAUACUACCCUUAAUAGCAGCUCUGCUAUGUUUACUAUUACCAGAGACGAAGGAUUGCGAAUUAAUGAUGACAAUAGAAGAAGGGGAAUCUCUCGGGAAUCAGGCACGAAGGAACACUGGAAUAACAACUGAAGUAACAUAA